UCCAAAAAAAGAAUUUGAUAAUCAAUGUGUAAAGCAUACACAAAAUACACUUUUUAUUUUAUAACGUAAAUAUUUACAUAAUUCUUUACUUUCUUGGUUAUUUUGAGUUAUCAACUAUAAGUAAUUAUAUAGUUCUAAGUUAUAACACUGUUUCGUACAUGUGUUAUUAUAAGUAAUCACAGUAUUUAAAUACUGUUAAAUACACACCUGCAUGUAGGGAACAUGUGUGAUACAAAAUGAAGUAACUAAUUUGAUAUUCAUUUUGAAUUAACGACUUGCUGUAUAUGAAUACAAAGCCUAUAGUUUAAUAAUAUCUGUUCAGGAAAGCAAAUAUCGAAAUUUUAAAAAUGGUCACGUUACAAGAUAUUAGUGUGCAACUUAUGAAACCAGCAAAAGAUCUUGCUGACUGGAAAUUUCCAUUGUCUCAGAUUUUAGAAGAAUAUUAUGCAUUAUUAGAAGAACCAUGUAAUAUUAAUUUUGGAGAAGCAGCGCUUGUUCUGCAAAAUUCAACAAAUGUAUAUGUGCGCAGAAUUGAACGUCUAUUUAGCGAGACAGAAAUUUUGAGACAAACAUUUUUUGGAUAUGAAGAAGAAGAAGAAGAAAAAAAGUCUAAGGAGAAAAAGAGUAGCAAGAAAGCUUAUGUUAAUUUUGAUAACUUUGUAAUCAUUGACUUAGAAAAAGAUAUUGGAAAAAAUAUUGAUAAGAAAAAUCAGCUUCAAGGACAGAAAAAGAUAAAGUUAUUAAGCCAUCGAUUUACUCAGUUAGAAAACAACACAACACAAUUUAGUAUUCCCAUUCACGUUUACGAUGUUUUAGGAGAAGUUAUUGGAAAGAAAUAUGAUUUUCGGUGUAAUCAAGCUGUAAGUACAACUGGAAUGUUAGUGGAUGAAUUGACAUCGCAUGACUUUGCUCGUAUAAUUAGUUCUCAUGUUCAAAAAGGCAGAAAUUCGUUAUCAUCAUAUUCUGAACCAAAAACUCCUGGCACUGGAACUUCAGGAUAUCAUUCAGCUGCCUCACCAAAUCAUUCCAUUGCAUCUAUUCGCGAAGACUGUGAAGAUGAAGAUAAUUUUAUUCCACCAACAGAAAGUAUUCUUUCACCAAACGAAUCAGAAAUUAUAGAAAAAGAAGAUAUGUUAAAUAACAAUAAUGAAAUAUCAUGUGUCAAGAAUAAUAGCUUUAAUACAGUUAUUUUAAAUAAGGAUUUGUGCAAAGAGCAGCAUAAGCAAUUAAAAGAAGGAAAGGAUAUUAAUAAUGAACAUUGUACAAUUAUGAAUUCUAAUGACUCAGAGCAAAUUGAGAUUAAUGAUAAAAUGGAUCAUUGUGAACAACCAGAUCAGGUUCUUGAAGAAGAUUCACAAGUUGUUCAGCUCAAAGAAUCAAAUAGCGCACACACGAAAGAGAAAUUACUUAAUAAACGGAAAAAAGGGAGUCAAACAACGAAAAUGUCCAUUUCUUCUGUAGAUGAUGUAAAUGAACUUGAAUGGAAACCAAUGCCACUUGUUCAAGGAAUUAAACACGUUUUUUCUGACAAUACAACUAUUUUGAAAAUACCAGAACAUAUUUCUCUUCUGAAAACGAAUGUUGACUCGAAAAAACGUAAACUAGCAUCUAAAAUACAUAAAUCCGAGUGUUUAACAAAACUUAUCUUACGAGAAACGGAACUAUCCUCAAGGAAGAAUAACGUAUCAAGAACAAAAUCAAAAUUUAAACGUUUACAAAAACAGGAGUUGGAGGAUUUUAUGAAAAAUUUUGAUCAGUGCUUCAAUGGAACAGAAAAAGAGAAUGAUAGUGGUCGACAAACAUCUAUGACAAAUAUUUCCAUUAAUUUAUUGGACUUUUGCAGUUCUAAAAGUCAGAACGAUGAUACAGAACGUAACGACGAAGAAAUAAUGAGCAGAAGUUCUACACCUAUCAAUUUUAGAUCACAAUCAACAAUUGGUCAAGAGUCACCUGAUAUGAUUGAAGAACCCCCUAAUUUAAUGAACAGUUGGGGUGAAUCUGAAAUAAAUACAUCCUAUUCUUUGCCAGAUUAUCAGACGUUAAUUGAGGGCAAAAUGAAGGAGAUUUUUGAAGAAACAGAUGUUGUAACAGAAUUAGAUCAAACUGUGGCAAAAUGGCACGCUUCUCUGCAAGCAAAAUUAUCAGAGGCUGAAGUCAGGCCUGCAUUUCGAAUUCAUGAGUAUGCUUCUCACAUAAUAAAUACAUUGCAAACACUCGAUACCAAAAAAAUGAAUUUUGAUAAUGUCGUUCGAAAUAAACCACCUUGUGAAGUAGCUAGAUACUUCUUGGCUUCGUUACAACUGGCCAAUACUUAUAACAUAGAAUUAAAAACAGAAAAUAAUGGUAAAAGUAUUGAAAUAGAAUUACUUGAUGAAAAGUCGAAGAUAUCACUUUAGUCUUAAUAUCAUUACCGAUGAACAAAGUUGUCUGAUUUAUAAAUAUGUGAUAUUUAUGUUUAAAAGAAUGUAAUUAUUGUUAUUUUUUAUGUUUCUUGUAAAUACUGCAUUUUAACUUUGUACUAAA